GGAGGCCGGGGAGUGCGGAGCGCCGGCUCGGGGGCUAGGCCCUUCGGGGGGCGGGGGCGGCCGUGUUUUCUCUGGCUUAAGGGGCUGGUGGACGCCGGCGGCUGAGCGACGAGAUGAAUUUCCUCCGCGGGGUGAUGGGGGGCCAGAGUGCCGGACCCCAGCACACAGAAGCCGAGACGAUUCAGAAGCUCUGUGACCGAGUAGCUUCGUCUACUUUACUGGACGACCGAAGAAAUGCUGUGCGUGCUCUUAAGUCUUUAUCUAAGAAAUACCGCUUGGAAGUGGGAAUCCAAGCUAUGGAGCAUCUUAUCCAUGUUUUACAAACGGAUCGUUCGGAUUCUGAAAUAAUAGCUUAUGCUUUGGACACACUCUAUAAUAUAAUAUCUAAUGAUGAAGAGGAAGAAGUAGAUGAUGUUGACGAUAAAGAAGAAAAUUCUACAAGACCAAGUGAGGAUUUGGGAAGCCAGUUUACAGAAAUUUUCAUUAAGCAGCCAGAAAAUGUCACUCUCCUGUUAUCUUUGUUGGAGGAGUUUGAUUUCCAUGUCCGUUGGCCUGGUGUGAGACUGCUGACCUCUCUUUUAAAGCAGCUGGGGCCUCCAGUGCAGCAGAUUGUCUUAGUCAGUCCCAUGGGUGUUUCAAGACUAAUGGACUUACUGGCAGAUUCCAGAGAAAUUAUACGUAAUGAUGGCGUCUUACUGCUGCAGGCACUAACAAGAAGCAAUGGAGCAAUCCAGAAAAUUGUCGCUUUUGAAAACGCUUUUGAGAGGCUGCUAGACAUUAUCACAGAGGAGGGGAACAGUGACGGAGGUAUAGUAGUAGAAGAUUGUUUGAUUUUGCUUCAAAACUUGUUAAAAAACAACAAUUCCAAUCAAAACUUCUUUAAAGAAGGCUCAUAUAUUCAGCGUAUGAAACCUUGGUUUGAAGUUGGAGAUGAAAAUUCUGGUUGGUCAGCACAGAAAGUGACCAAUCUACACUUAAUGCUACAGCUUGUCCGGGUACUGGUGUCGCCCACCAACCCUCCUGGGGCCACCAGCAGCUGCCAGAAGGCCAUGUUCCAGUGCGGGCUACUGCAGCAGCUUUGCACCAUCCUCAUGGCUACGGGGAUCCCUGCUGACAUCCUGACCGAGACCAUAAAUACUGUAUCUGAAGUUAUUCGAGGCUGCCAAGUCAACCAAGACUACUUUGCUUCUGUGAAUGCACCUUCAAAUCCCCCAAGACCAGCAAUUGUUGUACUUCUCAUGUCCAUGGUGAACGAAAGGCAGCCGUUUGUGUUACGCUGCGCUGUUCUCUACUGUUUCCAGUGCUUUCUUUAUAAAAACCAGAAAGGACAAGGAGAGAUUGUGGCAACACUUCUACCUUCCACUAUUGAUGCCACAGGUAACUCAGUCUCAGCUGGCCAGCUGCUCUGUGGAGGUCUGUUUUCUACGGAUUCUCUUUCAAACUGGUGUGCCGCUGUGGCCCUCGCCCAUGCUCUGCAGGGGAACGCUACCCAGAAGGAGCAGCUGCUCAGGGUUCAGCUGGCCACGAGCAUCGGCAACCCUCCGGUGUCCCUGCUACAACAGUGCACCAACAUCCUUUCCCAGGGAAGCAAAAUACAAACAAGAGUUGGGUUAUUAAUGUUGCUUUGUACCUGGCUAAGCAACUGUCCCAUUGCAGUAACACACUUUCUUCACAAUUCAGCCAAUGUUCCAUUCCUUACAGGACAAAUUGCAGAAAAUCUCGGAGAGGAAGAACAGUUGGUCCAAGGCUUAUGUGCCCUUCUUUUGGGCAUUUCAAUUUACUUCAAUGAUAAUUCACUAGAAAACUACAUGAAAGAGAAACUAAAACAACUGAUAGAGAAGAGGAUUGGCAAAGAGAAUUUCAUAGAGAAACUAGGAUUUAUUAGCAAACAUGAGCUCUACUCCAGGGCAUCACAGAAACCCCAGCCCAACUUCCCGAGUCCAGAGUACAUGAUUUUUGACCAUGAGUUCACAAAGCUGGUGAAAGAACUGGAAGGUGUUAUUACUAAGGCUAUUUAUAAGUCCAGUGAAGAAGAUAAGAAAGAAGAGGAGGUAAAGAAAACAUUAGAACAGCAUGACAACAUUGUGACUCACUACAAGAAUAUGAUUCGUGAGCAAGACCUGCAGCUGGAGGAACUGAAGCAGCAAGUGUCUACACUGAGGUGUCAGAAUGAGCAGCUACAGACAGCAGUCACGCAGCAGGCUUCACAGAUCCAGCAGCACAAGGACCAGUACAACCUCCUCAAAGUCCAGCUCGGAAAAGACUAUCACCAUCAAGGUUCCCACAGUGAUGGGGCUCAGGUGAAUGGCAUUCAGCCAGAAGAAAUCAGUCGGCUGAGGGAAGAGAUAGAAGAGCUAAAAAGUCACCAGGGGCUCUUACAAAGCCAGCUAGCCGAAAAGGACUCUUUGAUAGAAAAUUUGAAAUCCUCACAAGUGUCUGCCCUGAAUGAACAGGCGUCAGCAGCAGCUUCGCCCAGAGACUCCGAGCAAGUCAUAGAGUUAAAGCAGGAACUGUCAACAUUAAAGUCCCAGUUAAACUCACAGUCUCUGGAGAUCACCAGACUCCAGGCAGAAAAUCAUGAGCUGCUACAGAGAGCAGAAGCCUUGGCAAAGUCAGUCCCUGUACAAGGAGAGAGCGAGAAUGUGAUAGCUGCUAAGACUACUGAUGUAGAAGGGAGGCUGUCCGCCUUGCUUCAGGAGACAAAAGAGUUAAAGAACGAAAUCAAAGCUCUGUCCGAGGAGAAAACUGCCGUUAAAAAGCAACUGGAUUCGUCUAACAGCACCAUCGCCAUUCUACAAACAGAGAAAGACAAAUUAGAUGCGGAAGUCACGGAUUCUAAGAAAGAACAGGAUGAUCUCUUGGUACUGUUGGCUGAUCAGGAUCAGAAAAUCCUGUCCCUGAAGAGUAAACUCAAGGACCUCGGUCAUCCAGUUGAAGAAGAAGAUGAAUCUGGAGAUCAAGAAGAUGAUGAUGAUGAAAUGGAUGACGGUGACAAGGACCAGGAUAUCUAGCUUUAAACCCUAAGAGUGAUAGAGAUUAUGUCAUUAUUUUGAAGAAGUCUUAAGACAGUGCUUUGGUUUGCCUCCACAAGAAAUAAAGAUUUAGAACCAGGCAGAAAGUAUUCACUAAUAAAAUGAUUGAUGUAUGUUUUUUAAUAUUGCCUCCCAUGUGGAAAACUCUAAAACUCUAACUUCAUGUGGAAGUUUUAUUUAUGUUCAUCUGAACUCUCCCGAAAUAUAAUUUGCAAUAUAAGAGCAUCAGGUUCCAAAAUAGGCCAUCUGAAGGCUUGUGGUGGUAAUGCUGUCGCCUUACUGGUUCGUUAGGCGUACGGUUUGUGGUGGCGAUGCUGUCCGCCUUACUGGUCCACUGGUUAGUUGCUUUUCAGAAUCUGGGACUUCAGUCCUAACACAUUAGAUUUAAUGUGUAUUGAAUGGGAAUCAUUAUUUCUAAAUCAGCAUUUGAGUUCUCAGCUGAUUAUUUCCUUGUAAAGAAAGGACUCUACUUAAAGACAAGAUGGUCUGGGCUCGGGGGUGGGUCGAGUGUGUCCUCACCCCCCACCCCUGGUGUGCCCUCCAGAAGAACAGGAUGGGACAGGUAAAGUGAGUGCUUGCCAUCUGACAGGGCCACAUUCCGCCUUCUGUCCCGGAAUGUGGGGGCUGUUCUGAGAAACUGCACCAGUGUUAGCGUGGCUGGUUUUCCUUCCGUUCCAGCCGAAGGUGGAAAACAGAGGUGGCCAGCAGUUCCUACAGCCGGGCUUUAGUGUUGUUUGGUGAUCAUAAAGUAUGUUCUUAGGUUUAAAAGACCCAAACUAUAGUUUAUAUAAUUUAUUGGCAUUUUUGCUGAAUAGGUGUAAGUCAGAUAAUAGAUUUUUAAAAAGCAAAUGAAGCAAUGUGUCAAAGUCUAAUGUUUUCAUAAUAAAAAUAGAUAUUAUGUUCACUUAA